AUGGCUUCUAAUAAAACGAAAAAUAAAUUUCAAAAUCCAGCUUUGAGUCACGGGUUGCCUCGGGGGUUCGGUGCAGGGGUACUCGGUGAUGGACCUACAAAAGCCGCGGAUCAAAUGUCUUCGUCACUUUCAUCAUCAACAUUUUCAAAAGCAAUAUCUCCAUUUGACCUCUCAUCAUCAACAUUCUCGUCCUCACCAUCAACAACACCAUCACGGAUAUUGAUUUCAAAAUUUUCCGUCGUCAAUAUAGACAGCAUAAUUUACAACAUGACAUCCCUGAACGUCAGUCAGUCUCAAACUGGAUGCAUUCCUGACAUCAUCAAAUGCCUCUACAUCUGCCAUCUCGUAAAAAACUGCACCGGGGCUCGCAUUGACAGAGCUUCAAAUACAUGCUCCCUGAUCAAAAAUAUAAACAACAGUGGCCAGAAAAAUUGUUUCACUGCAGUGAGUUAUUGA